UUACGUUCUUAUGAUAUUUUUUUGGCUAAAUACCCACUGAGUUAACGCGCAAUGGGUGAACCGUUGAAAGCGAUUAAAGUUCUUUAUAUAGAGAAAGUUUGUCCAUGAAAUAUGCAUAAAAUCAAACAGGUGAAUAAAGCUUUGCGAAAGAUCGAUCCAAUCAGCGGUUUUGGAAGUGCGAUGUUGGUCGUGGUAGAGCGUAAUAUUGGCGGUUUGAGAAGGGCAGCCAAUUAGAAAAGUUGACGAAUAUCGUCGGUCGGUACUUAGGUGCGUGUGUUUGUACGAGUGUAUAUAGGUGACGGUCGUGAAAUAUAGUAGCAGCCAUCUUAUAUUUUGUGUCGGAGAAAAACAAUUUGGCCGUAGAAAUGUUUCGCGAUUGUCCGUGAAGCCGCUCGAGAACGGGAGGCGUGCGCUCGAUGAGGCGUGACGUUUUUCGACCCUAGCCCGGACCACUACAAUAGCAAAGGUGGAUUGGUACGCAGGAUAUGAGCAGCUUGUCAAGCGCAACCUGACUCUGCUCCCCCAUCAAGAAGCAGUGCAGCAGCAGGAGCCACAAUCACAACAGCUGGCUCAGCAGCAACAGACUGAUAUAAUGACAUCCAUGUUUGAACAACAAAUUAAAAGCGAACCCAUGGGGUUUUAUUCUGUUGCUUCGAGCCGGUCAGAUGGUUCAAAUUCUAUGGUGAAUUUGUCGGAUGAUCGUGAAGACCUUUCUCAGCAAGAAGGUCACCUACAACCACAGCAACAGACUACGUUACAAAUAAAUCAGCAACAGGGUCAACAACAAACUCAACAACAGAGUCAACAGCAAACGCAACAACAGGGUCAACAACAGCAGAGUCAGACUGUGCAACAAGAAGUUCCAAACCGUCAAUCUACUGGACAACAAACUGUCAAAGAGGGUUCACGGUCAAAGCCACAGCCCUGUAAGGUAUGUGGCAAGGUGCUAUCCUCUGCUUCGUCGUACUAUGUACAUAUGAAGCUUCAUUCAGGCAACAAACCAUAUCAUUGUACGGUAUGUGAAGCAAGUUUUUGUCGGAAACCAUACUUGGAAGUGCACAUGAGGACGCACACAGGAGAAAGACCUUUCCAAUGUGAGCUGUGCUUGAAAAGGUUUACUCAAAAGAGCAGUCUUAAUACUCAUAAACGGGUGCAUACAGGAGAAAGGCCGUAUGCCUGCGACAUUUGUCAGAAACGUUUUGCAGUGAAAAGCUACGUGACGGCACACCGUUGGAGUCACGUUGCCGAAAAGCCGUUGGUGUGCGACAGAUGUUCUCUCACAUUCACGUCCAAGAGUCAAUUUGCAAUACACAUCCGUACCCAUACUGCAAGUACCACGUACGAGUGUAACAUAUGCGGACGUACCUUUGUACGCGAUAGUUAUCUCAUACGACACCAAAAUCGAGUACAUCGUGACAUGAAUCAAAGCAGUACGAAUCACAAUCCAUCUACGCCCCAGAGUACCGGUGGUGGCACUCCAGGUACAGGUUUCGAGAGCCCGGUUUGCGAUUUACGCUACAGCGAAGGACCUUCCUCGUUGGAUGGCUUAGCAGGUUCGAAAGGAGGGAUCGCUGCUGAGAUCGCGAGUUUAGCCAAGCAAAACAAUCUUCAACUUCCUCUACCGUUGCUACAUCCGCAGACUACCAACUAGUGUUUAGACGACAACGUGUCCGAGUCCCUACCGCAACAUCAACAGUCACCGCAGCAAGUAGUAUGUCCCACCUCGGCGUCCUCGCCGUUCACACUUAAUUCACCAGUGUCUCACGAGCACACCACACCGCAGAGUGUCUACCAAACGACAGGCUCCUCCAGUUCGCUGGAUAGCCUCAACUCCCAACUUUAUCCGCAAAUAUCGUCAUCCCCCAUAGAUUCAUCGGAGUCGCAUCAUCAAUCGCAGCAACUGCAUCGCGGCAUUCCUCCGCCAGGGCUUCACCCUGCUCUGUAUCUCUACGCUCAGUACUCGAACACUACAAGCAGCUCUCCCACCCCGUACCCCGAAUAUAUUCAACGCAACAAUGAGUAAGUCAGUUUAUGCCAGCAAUCACGAUUUUUACCACGAACGGAGUGACGAUUCGCCCGAAACGCGGACUCUUUGAUCGCGUCUCGUUUAAUGGUGCUGGUUGAACAAAGUGCCUAAAGAGCAUCCACUUUCUGGAUCAUGACGGAUGCUUAAUCACAAUCGUCGAUUAAUCGUUGAUAUUAAACAAUUUUUACGCACCGACUAAUUUUUAUUUCGAUCUUUUAACAAUGGAGUGGAUCAAUUGUGAAUUGAUUACCGUUUUGCACGUGUCUAUCUCACUCACAUACUUCUCGGUCCAUUUAAUGGAUUAUCUAAAUACGGACGCUGAUAAGCGUAUUUUAACGAGAAUGAAAUAGCACCGUUCAAAGAGACGUGCACCACACGAUCGACGAAUCGAUUCGUUUCCACGAUCGUACGAUUUUCCUUGUUUUUACCAAUCUGUCGUGGUAUAUCGAUGUUAGCAUAAACUAACGCGCGCGCGCGUACGUUUCUACGCGAGUUUUUCCAAGUUUCCGCACUUCUUGAUUUACCUGUUUUCCAAUCACAUCUGCGAGUACAUAUACAUAUAUAUAUAUCUAUGUGUGUAUAUAUAUUAUGCGCGAACCAUUACACAUACACAUAUUUAUAUUAUAUUUUUAAAGGAGUUUAGUCACUUGGAUCUGUGAUAUAGAUAGUAAUUAUUAACUACAAUGUUUAAACUAUUGGUUUACUAUUUUGA